AUGGGGAAUGCUAUUGCAAUACGUUUUGUGCUGCCAGGCUCAGAGAAAUCAAAACUGGGAUCUCUCAGAAGAAGUUCUAGACCUAAGCAGAGUUCUUCCCUGAAGGCCCUUUUGCUGGGCUGAGGGUUGCACGGUAGCUGCACUCCCUUCCCCAGAAGGCUGGCUUAGGAGGAGGGAGCUGUCAUGUCCCGAGGAGGAGCAGCAGGACGUGGCGCUGCCAAGCCCCAGGACCAGGGAUGGGCAUGGAUGGUCCUGCUGGCUGCAGUGGUGCUGCAGGCGCUGACACUGGGCUUCUCCUCCUGCUUUGGGGUCUUCUUCACGGACCUCCAGCACGAGUUCCAUGCCAGCAACAGCGAGACAUCGUGGUUCUCGUCCAUCAUGGUGGCUGUGCUGCACGGAGGGGGGCCCCUCUGCAGCAUCCUGGUGAAGCGGUUUGGCUGCAGGUUUGCAGUGAUGCUGGGGGGGCUGCUCAGCGGGCUGGGAAUGGUGUCCAGCUCCUUCUGCAAGUCCAUCAGCCAGCUCUACCUCACAGUUGGGCUCAUCACCGGUCUGGGGUCGUGUUUCAGCUUCCAGGCAGGGGUGACUGCGCUGGGCUACUACUUUGUGCGGUGGCGAACGCUGGCCAACGCCAUGGCCUCCACCGGCGUCUCCCUCGGCUUCACCCUGUGGCCGCUGCUGUCUCAGUACCUGCUGGAAGAGAUGGGCUGGAGAAACACCUUUGUCAUCUUUGGAGGAAUACUCCUGAACUGCUGUGUCUGUGGAGCCAUCAUGAGACCCAUCGGCUCACUUCCACAGCCACCCGAGCCUGGAGAGGAGCCAGGCAGCAAAGCAGAGGAGGCACAGCUGUCCAACGGAGUGUCUCCUCCCCACCCUGCACUCCAGCAGCACGCCAGAAGGACAACAUGUUUCCAGGUGCUGCAGAAGUACCUGGCUUUUGACAUCUUCUGCCAAAACAAACGUUACCAGAUUUACACUAUUGGAGUGGCCUGGAUGAUGAUGGGGUUUGCACUGCCCCACAUCUACCUUGUGCCUUAUGCCAUCCACAAUGGGGUGGAGGAAGGCAGGGCAGCUCUUCUUAUCUCUGUCAUCGGGUUCAUCAACAUCUUCAUCCGCCCUCUCACAGGGCUGCUCUCGGGGCACAGGGUGUUCACAGGGAGGCGCAUCUACCUGUUCAGCCUGGCCGCGCUCCUCUGCGGGCUGAGCAACUUCAUCUGCAUCAUAUCAGCCGAGUUCAGAGUCCUCAUCCUCUACUGCGUCAUCCUCAGCAUCUCCAUGAGCGGGGUGGGGUCACUCACCUUCCAGGUGCUGAUGGAUGUGGUGGAGAUGGACAGGUUCUCCAGUGCUCUAGGGCUCUUCACCAUCGUGGAGAGCAUCACUGUCCUCAUCGGGCCCCCACUCACAGGUCUCCUGGUAGACAUAACCGGUGAUUUCCUCUACGUCUUCCACACCUCGAGCUUCUUUCUGAUAUCUGCUGCAUUAUUUAUGGGGCUCAGCUUCUGUGCUCUGGAAAAAAAAAACAAAUUGAGAGAGGCUUCCAAAGUACCUUUGAGUAAUCCCUCCAGAUAUCCAUACAGCAAAAAGCCAAGUGAUCCACAGGCUGAAAGUCAACCCCCUCCAGCAGUUGUGUACGUCACAAGCAUAUGAAAAUAAAGAAAAGAAGGGAAGAAAAGAGCAACACAAUGAUGUGGUCUGUACAAAGCUACACAUGGCCCAGCACUGAUGGCAUAUGAGAAAAAAAAGUCUGCUUUCCACAAAUGUCAUCUUCCUUCUGCACUUCUACUCCCAGGGGCCAUGUCAGACUCCAAGAGAAGCAUCCAGACCAUGGGAUGAGCCCCAAACCCAGCACCAGCCAAGGAGAUGAAGGACAGAGAGAUCUGUGCUCUCCUAAAGCAAACCAUGGGACAACAGCCACAGAAGGAGACAAAAAGCUGUGUCAGUUCAAUUGGGUUAAGUCACUACCUUUAAGAAAUCAUUGGAAGUGCUGGACAACAUGGAUUAAUGGCUAUGCAUAAGAGUAGUUCUUUCACUUGUAAUUUUGCUGCACAAGCAUCUUGGUUGCUUCCUAUGCUGCAGGUGGCAAGACACUUUCUACAGGAAGAGUGUAAUUAUUUUCCACAUCUCUAAAUAUUAUCUGAAAGCAGCUGCAUGGGUUGCAGAACUCAGACAAGUCUCUAGAAAGACCAAUUAUUUUUUCCUACAAGGUAUAUACACGAAUUCUUCAUGCCAAGACCAGUUUCAAAGCCUGAAAGGUUCAACUCUAGAGCAUCAAAAAGAAAAAAAAACACCAAAACUUGGAGUGCCUGCUUUAUAUAACUAGUGAUAUCUCAAGUGCUUCUUGAUAUAUCAUAAAAGAGGAUUCAUGGCUUGUGUAAACACACUUCAGCAUUACCUGGAACCCAUUUGGGGGAGAGAGCAAAGGUGUUACCAUACCUAAGCAUAACUGUAUGCCUCCUUUCAUAGGGCCAAAUUCCAAGCAACUGUGGAAAUGAAUUCAGCUCUUUAGUCUUAGAUUCUGACUUAAUUGCACCAGCACGCUCAUUUUAGAGAACUUUGUACAAGCAUAACUUUUAUUUCUUCUAAUCACAAGCAGAACUUACAAAGAAAUCUGUGGGGGAAGGUAUACCAAGGAAAGGCAGUGUUGCUGACUUUGCUUUCCUUACAGCCUUGACCUGCAAGUGGCUUUUCCUGCUACAUUCCCAGGAGGUAGGCUUCUCACUGCUCGUGUGGUGGCUGCAUCAGCCUCAGCAUCAGCUUGAGGUGCAAAUUGUUCAUAUUCUGUAUAAUUCCUGAUCCGACAGAAGCAGGUAAGAGCUCACAAAACACGGCAGGUGAAAAUUACCCAACACAUUAUAACCGUCAGAAAGAUGGACGCAGAAAAUGGGAGUGAAAUGGAAAAACGAACAACUUUCAACUGAACUACAGUGCUUACCUUGAGACCUGUUAUACCAAACUCAACUGCAGUGCCUCUCUAAGAACUGCCAUAUCAAAUUCCUACCGACAAACCCACAGUUUUCUUUAAACCUCCCCAGACAAAACAAGCCAACCAACCAAAAACCUGAAUUGAACCACUGGAAAACUGACUCCAAGAUCUUCAGAGACUACAAUGGCUUCACAGCUGGCCUUACACAGAGGAGGUACCAGCCCUUCAGAAGGAUUUCUACUUCCACAGUUCAGUAUCUUCGCCCUAGGAUUACAGAACCAGUAGACUUUGUAUUUCCUGAUCAAACCUAUACUUAAAUAAGAUAAUUAGUGGGAGAUAUACAUAUCUAAUCUCUCAUCAAGUGUGUUUAUUAAAUUAUGUGAUGCUUACAUGGUCCAUAGCUACAAAGUAAGCAGGGACUGGUGCUUCUCAACUUGCCAAAACAGACUGUUGUACAUUCCUAGGAAAAUGAUGGGGCUUUCUCCCUCCCAAAAAGCAAUGAAGAAGGAUCAAGUCCCAGAUCUCUUCUAGCUAUUGCAAAUAAACAGCUAAGCAGCUGAA